AUGAUCCCACUGCUUACCUUCCUGAUCACCUUCCUGAUCUGCCAUGGGGGGGUUGUCGCCUCUCACUCUCCUGAUCCCCUCCAGGUGUUUGUCAUCCCUCACAGUCACAUGGAUGUGGGCUGGGUGUACACUGUGCAGGAAAGCAUGCACGCCUAUGCGGCCAAUGUCUACUCCACCGUUGUAGAAGAGCUGAUGAGAGCCAAGCAUCGCAGAUUCAUUGUAGUGGAACAAGAGUUCUUUCGUCUGUGGUGGGACGCUGUAGCUGGAGCUGUGCAGAGGCAGCAGGUGCAUCAGUUGAUUCAAGAGGGAAGGCUGGAGUUCAUCAUUGGAGGCCAGGUCAUGCAUGAUGAAGCUGUCACUGCCAUAGAUGAUCAGAUUUUACAACUAACUGAGGGACACGGCUUUUUGUAUGAAACAUUCGGAGUGAGACCUCAGUUUUCCUGGCAUGUUGAUCCAUUUGGGGCUUCGGCCACCUCACCAACACUCUUUUCCAUGGCUGGAUUCAAUGCUCACCUCAUCUCUCGCAUAGAUUAUGAUGUUAAAUCUGCUAUGCAAGAUUCCAAGAAGCUUCAGUUUGUUUGGAGAGGAUCUCCUUCCCUGUCAGAAAAACAGGGCAUAUUUACACAUGUCAUGGACCAGUUCAGUUACUGUACCCCAUCCCAUCUGCCAUUUUCCAACAGGUCAGGAUUUUACUGGAAUGGGGUGGCACUAUUUCCUGAUCCACCGAAGGAUGGUGUUUAUCCUAACAUGAGUCUUCCCGUCACCAGUGAUAACAUUCACCAGUAUGCCGAGACCAUGGUGAAGAAUAUUAAAAUGCGAGCAGCCUGGUUUAGAAGCAAUGAUGUCCUAUGGCCCUGGGGCUGUGACAAGCAGUUCUUCAAUUCUUCCAUCCAAUUUAAUAACAUGGAUUUGUUACUGGAAUAUAUAAAUAGUAAAUCAGAGUUUGGAGUGACUGCGCAGUACUAUACACUCGGAGAAUACUUCAAGAGCAUAUACGGGAGAAACCUGACCUGGGAGGUUCGUAAAAAUGAAGACUUUCUGCCGUACUCUUCAGAUACGUAUCAAGCAUGGACAGGUUUCUACACCUCACGCAACAUCUUGAAAGGCGUGGCACGCAGGGCCAGUUCAUUACUGUAUGCUGGGGAAUCUGCAUUCACUCAGUAUCUGCUAAAGCAUCCAUCUGGAUCUGUAUGCAAAAUGUGGGCUCUGGAGCAGCUGCAGGCCCUUCGAUGGGCAGUCUCAGAGGUUCAACAUCAUGAUGGCAUAACGGGGACUGAGUCG